UCUUCUGGGGAUUCGACGUAGCGGCCUGGGUCGGGAAUGGGGCCCCGCGGAAGCUUGGGGAGCGCCGGGAUGGGGAAUAGGAGGAGGCUGGAAAGGGGGCUGGGAUGAGACGCGGAGGGGGUGGGAUCCAAGAGGAGCUAUUGUGGGGGACCGAUGGCGUUGACGGACAAAAUGGCUGAGGGCAAGGGUGGGGGAAGGGCGGAAGAGCAGGGCCCGGCCGGCAGCCCGGAGGACAGGAGGGCGGGGCGGGGGAUGGAUGCAGGAAAGCUGGGAUGGAGGCGGGAUUUAGGUUUGGGAUGGGGGGGAGGGACCGAGGGGAUGGGGGGCUCCGAAGGCUAGGUGGGAGAAUUGGAGGGGGCACGAUUAAGGCUGGGGAGAACGGAAGGUCUGGGACGGUGGGCGGCUGGGGUACCGGAGCGGACAGCAGACUUGGGGGGAUGUGCCGGGGCGCCGAGCACGGGGACUGCUAUGGGCCCAGGCUGGCGGCCCGCGGCCCCGCAACUCUUCCCCUCGCAGUUGGCGCCCGGAAGGGCCGCGCGGCUUGAAGGUGGUGUCUCUGCGGUCCCGGCCCCUCCCCACUCCCGGAACUAUGACGUGGCACUCCCCCUCCCCCACCGCACCCCUUCCUCCCUCCUCCUCCUCCUCCCUCCAUCCUUUCCAUCUGCGUCUGUCCCGGUCGGUCGCCUUCCGCCGAGCUCCCCCGGGCUCUUGCCCAGACCCCCUCCCCCCACUCCCUUCCCCCUGCCCUAACCUCCGCCCCGGCCCGGGGCCCCUAAAGCCGACCCCAUGCGUCGCCUCCUGCCGCUCCUUUUCAUCCCGGGACUCUUGGCCGCCUUCAAGCCAGACACGAGCCGGCUUCGGGGUCUGGCCCGGGGCAAAGUGGAGACCUGCGGAGGAUGACAGCUGAACCGGCUGAAGGAGGUCAAACUCUUCGUCGUCCAGGACGUCCCUUACUACCACAACCUGGUGACGAAGUACCUCCCUGGAGCCGAUCCCGAGCUGGUGCUGCUGGGCUACCACUAUGAGGAGCUCGAGAGGAUCCCCCUCAGUGACAUGACGCGGGAGGAGAUCAAUCAGCUGCUCAAAGAGCUCGGCUUCUACCGCAAGAGCAGCCCGGACGAGCCCGUCCCGCCCGAGUACCAGAGUGCCCCAGCGAAGCCUCGGAAGGGAGAGGCCCCCGCGCCAGCGCCCCACGGGGACGCCGGGCCCUCCCGCCUGGAGCUCUAGGCCAGCGGGCAGCACGCUCCCCGCCAGGACCAGGCCGCGCCCCCUGCUUCGCCCCAGGACAGGCGGCACGGCCCGCGGGGCAUCGGGACCCCACCUGCAGCGCGCCCCACCCGGCCACCAGGGACAGGAUGAAGCUCUCAGCCCAAAGGGUUUCCCCGCUGAGGGCGGAUGGACACGUCCCUGGGGGCGGGCCGGGGUGUGCGGAGGCGGGGGCUGAGGGCUUCCCCCUCCCCUCCCCAGUAAACAUCCCCUUUUCAGUC